AUGUCUUCGGAUGAAUCCUUGGAAGAGCUUACAAAUACGAUGUCCUCUGAGAUUGACAAAAGUGGUGAAUCUUCAAAUGGAUUGGUUUCCAAAGGGGAAGAUAUAGAACCAAUGGCAUUGAACCAAAACGAAGGUGAAACAACGAGCGGAAAGCCAGAUGAUACAGGUGAUGUGGCUGCAGAACUCCAGAAGGGAACUUCAGAUGAAAAUCGUGACAUGGAUUUCAUAGAACCCAAUAAAUCAACAGUGGAGAACCUUCCAUUAGAGUCCACUGAUAUUUUUCAAUCAAAACAAGAAAUUACUACCAGCGAGAACUCAAGUGAGUACGUCCACCCAGGAGUAAAGACAGGCGGCGCUUCGCCGGAUUUCAAACCUGAGGGAAAGGAGGAGACACCCACUGAUGUAUUGAAGCAAGACCACAUUAAGCGUUCUGUAGAGACUAACGAUGUUCCAGAUACAGAACAAAGAGUCGAAGAUCGGGAGCAAGAUACGGAAGAACAUGACUCUGAGAUCAAUUUUAAUGAACCGUCCAAUUUGGGGGGUAUUAUAAAGCAUUAUACAGAGGGCACAAACGAAUCAGAAAAGAACAUAGAUGGCAUUUUCACAGACAGCGAAAAAAAUCACACUGAUAUGAUCGCCACUGAAAAUAACCCUUUUGAUGACCAAGGAAUAAAUGAAAACAUUUUAGAGGAGAAGAAAUCUCUUUUUUUGAAAAAAUCCUCGAAAAACGAAUCUGCUGCCAUCAUAACUGAAGUUGAUACCCCUGUGGUUCAUGAAGCGCCUUUCAAAAGCCCAUCCCGAGAUAACAACGAAACAUAUGUCGCUGAUAGACCAAAUACGGCAAUUGAUUCGAAUAAGUCCGCACAAGAGCAAGGUUCUGUGGAAGAAACCCCCAUAACAGAUAAGCAAUCUUCGUCAGAUCAAAUUAGGAAAUUACCUCCUAUACCUGUGCAAUAUUCCAACGGGAUGAAUGACGAUAUGAGUAAAAAGGAGGGUUUCGCAGCUCCGACGCAACCUGUUACAACAUCACCACCAUUGCCGCCAAGACAAAGCACCACAACGACUGCCCCACCCAUAUUACCACCCAUACGCAAGCAGCAGGAGCAGAAAACAAAGAAUGCUGUUCCGCCCCCAUUAGAGGAAGAAAUGAAAUCAGAAAAGUUUCGUAAGAUUUUUGAAGAAACUAAAAGAAGUAGCCAUAGCCAUGGUGCUCGCAUGGGUUCCAAAACUGCGCAAUUAGAUUCCACAGCAGAAAUCAACUUGAUCGCGAGCCGUUAUCGUAAGACAAGCCACCACUUGAAUAAAGAAGGAGAAGAGACCAGAGAGUCAUUACAAGAAGGCCAAAGCUUCUUAAGAUCGACAUAUACGUCAUUUUUAGAAAACUUGCCAGAAUACAAUGAAGUGGAGGAAGUUGAAGAGGGUGAUAGAGAGAUGUUUAAAAUCGAUUGGUCAUUUUGGACACAGGUUGUUAAUGAUUUUGCCACUGUAGCCAGUAAUGAACCAGAAAAGUUAGAGACGCAUGUUACUAAUGGAAUACCACCACAAAUUCGUGGUAUCAUAUGGCAAUUGAUGACGAAUUCUAAAUCAAGAGAAAUGGAGGACAUAUAUGAAACUUUAUUGAAUACGGAAAGCCCUCAUGAGGCAACCAUACGUAGAGAUUUGAGGAGAACGAAGUUUGUGCCCGAGGACAAGAUGGAAUCUCUGUUCAAAAUUAUAAAAGUUUACUCUGUUUACGAUCCAGAUGUUGGAUACACGCAAGGAAUGGGAUUUAUUGCGGCACCGCUAUUGAUUAACUGCGAAAACGAAGCCGAAUCAUUCGGCCUGAUGGUAGGAUUGAUGAAGAAUUAUGGGCUAAGGGAACUUUUCUUACCAGGGAUGCCCGGGUUGAUGCUAAUGCUUUACCAGUUUGAUAGGUUAUUGGAAGAGCAUUCACCCACUUUGUAUAACCGCUUGACCCGGGAGGGAGUAAGUUCAACGAUGUACGCCACGCAAUGGUUUCUGACAUUUUUCGCAUAUAAGUUCCCCCUGGAAUUUGUAUUGAGGAUUUUCGACAUUGUGUUCGUGGAAGGUAUUGAAGUACUUUUGAAAUUCGCUGUAAACUUGAUGUUAAAGAACGAAGAGAAUUUGGUGAGAUUAAGAUUCGAUGAACUACUGGAAUUUUUGAAGGAUGAACUGUUUACGUACUACCUGCUGGCAAACCACGACAACGAUUCUGUGCUACAAAUGCAGUUGCCUGGCGGAGGCCCAUUGGAAGGUUAUGAGGACGGCAGCUCACCAUCGUAUAAUGUUGAUCUUUUCGUUCAUGAUGCCAUGACGGGUGUUUACAUAACGCCCUUAACUUUAAGAAGAUACAAGGGAGAGUUCAUGGAGAUCCAUGAAUUGGAGCAAAAAAAGGAGAAUCAUUAUGAAUCGUUAAGAAUCCAAAACCACCAAUUGCAAAGGGAAGCGCAGAAGCUAGAACACGACUACUCGGUUUUGAACGAGGAGAACAUCAGCGCGGCAAACGAACUGAUCGAGCAUAGAUUGAAUAUGGAGAUGCUACUAGACGAGAAAAAUGAUCUGGUUAACACAAUCACCGAUAUCGAACAACAAAUCGAGGAAGAGAUUCGCAAACAGAAUUUGCCCAACCCGGACGCCUCGUUGCCAAAGGCAGACCUGAAAGAGGACUUAGAAAGGACCAUUUCCAGGAACAACGAGGUGAUGAUGGAGAACAGUCAAAUGGAGGAAAGAAUCAAAGAACUGCAGCAAGAAAUCGAUGAACUGAUAAGCAUUAAUAAGGAGCAGGUGUCCACCGCAUCGUUACUGGAAAGCGAUUCAAAAGGGAAGGGGAAGAAAGGAUGGACCGGCUUCAAAAAAGUUUUCAAGUAG